CCGCAGGGGGAUCACCGGUUCAGAUGUUUUUAGCCGGUCUUCAACGAAAGGCGGCCGCAAGCCCCAUCAAAGAGGCCCGCCCCAUGGAGAGACGGGGGCUGGAUCUCGUCGGCUAUUUGUCGACCUUGGAGAAUGGCCAGUUGACUCUACGGCUUGCCUGGGUCACAGCCAGUCGGUGGGGAGAAAUCGCUCUACUCCAAAAGGAAAAUUUUAUUCCCCACCCUCAAUACAAGGAAGCCCUCAUUGUAGAUUGGGGGGCCCUCCCAAAGACUUUCAAGAUCGACCCUCACAGAGCGGCGCGGUACGCGGUUAUCGGGGGAGAGGAUGCAAAGAGGGUGAGAGGCGUCACCAAAGGAAUGGUGGAGGGGGAAAGGCCCACAAUGUUAACCACAAGAGACAUGGAAAACCUACUCCGCCCACUCGACAUGACAGCGCGUUCCAUCAAAAGAGGGGCACUGGCGCAAGCAGCCGCAGCGGUGAUCGAACACGACCUCGGCCCUCGCCUGCUGGUUUAG